AAAUAAAAGAACACAAUGCCAGGGGCUUAUACACCCUACUCCAGUGUAUUACAGCUCUACUUCAAGAGAAGAAACCUCCUCACCAUAGCUCUAAUCACAGCCCUCUGUUCCGUUUCCUACAUCAUCGGCUCCUGGACCCACGCCUCAGUGGGCCCCACCACAUCCUCCUCCGUUCUCCUCCCUUGCCCCACAUUAAAACCCCAAAAUCCCACCACCACUGACCUCGACUUCUCCACCCACCACUCUGCUGACGAGGCGUCGUCCGCGCCGGCGCAGGCGCGCGAGUACCCGGCCUGCCAAAUCAGCUACAGCGAGUACACGCCGUGCGAGGACACGCACCGGUCGCUAAGGUACGCGAGGGAGAGGCUGGUGUACAGGGAGAGGCACUGUCCUAUGAAGGACGAGCUGCUCAAGUGCCUGGUGCCAGCGCCGUACGGUUACAAGAGCCCGUUCCCGUGGCCCGCGAGCAGAGAAAUCGCGUGGUUCGCGAACGUGCCCCACAAGGAGCUGACGGUCGAGAAGGCGGUCCAGAACUGGAUAAGGGUCGAGGGGGACCGGUUCCGGUUUCCGGGUGGUGGGACCAUGUUCCCGCGUGGGGCCGACGCUUACAUCGACGAUAUCGAGAGCCUUGUCCCUUUGACGGACGGCUCGAUCAGGACCGCCAUCGAUACCGGUUGUGGGGUAGCGAGCUGGGGAGCUUACCUUCUGUCCCGAAACAUCACGGCCAUGUCGAUUGCACCGAGAGACACGCAUGAAGCUCAGGUGCAAUUCGCACUGGAACGAGGUGUCCCGGCCAUGAUCGGAGUACUCGCUUCCAACAGGCUUCCAUACCCGUCGAGGGCCUUCGACAUGGCGCAUUGCUCACGUUGCCUCAUUCCAUGGCACCUCUAUGAUGGGCUUUACCUAAUUGACGUCGAUCGAAUUUUACGUCCGGGUGGGUAUUGGAUCCUUACAGGCCCGCCAAUUAACUGGAAGAACCACUGGAAAGGCUGGAAUAGAACAGAGGAGGACUUGAGUAAUGAGCAGUCUGCGAUCGAGGCGAUAGCAAAGAGCCUUUGCUGGAAGAAGUUGAAGGAGAAGGGUGAUAUUGCUGUUUGGCAGAAACCCACUAAUCAUAUACAUUGCAAGCUCAAUAGAAAGCUCUUCAAGACUCCAAAGUUCUGCUCUGCUGAAGAUCCUGAUUCUGCAUGGUACACUAAAAUGGAAGCCUGCAUAACUCCCCUGCCUGCAGCUACCACAAUACAAGAAAUUGCGGGCGGGGAUUUGAAGAGAUGGCCUGAGAGAUUGAUAGCAGUGCCACCGAGGAUUAGCAGUGGAAGCCUGGAGGGAGUCACACCAGAAAUGUUCCUAAAAGAUUCAGAGCUCUGGAAGAGGAGAUUAGUACGCUACAAGUCUCUUGUCAAUCAGUUGGGGCAGAGGGGCCGGUACCGGAAUUUGCUCGACAUGAAUUCUCACUUUGGAGGGUUUGCAGCUGCACUUGCUGAUGAUCCAGUGUGGGUCAUGAAUGUCGUCCCUAUCGAGUCGGAAAUCAACACGUUGGGAGUAGUCUAUGAACGUGGUUUGAUUGGGACAUACCAAAAUUGGUGUGAGGCCAUGUCAACUUAUCCGAGGACGUAUGAUCUUCUUCAUGCUGACUCGGUGUUUAGCCUCUACCAAGACAGAUGUGAAAUGGAAGAUAUUCUGUUGGAGAUGGAUAGAAUUCUCCGGCCAGCAGGAGCUGUGAUCUUUAGAGAUGAUGUAGAUAUAUUAGUAAAGAUCAAGAGCAUAGUGAAUGGAAUGAGAUGGGACAGUUGGGUAGUGGACCAUGAAGAUGGACCCAAGAAGAGGGAGAAGCUUCUGAUAGCCACAAAGCAGUAUUGGACAGCACCUGACCCACAUCAAGAAGAAUCCAACGACAGCCAGACACUACAGCGAUAGUGGCAUACAGAGCUCCACCCAUGUUAUUUUGUUUGUUUUUUCAUUCUUAAAAUGCAAUUCUUUCAAAAUGUGAUUUGUGUAACAUCUGUUUCUAGUCUAAUAAGAAAACAAGAAUGAAAAUAUUCAGAUCA